AUGUCGGUUCAACCUGGAAACUACAGGAUACAGAACGUCGGUGCCCAUACCUAUAUGGAUAUGUUUUCUGGGUGGAGUGCACAAGGCACCAGGAUUGCGGGUUGGUGGGACAACGACAAUUUGAACCAGCUUUGGCAAUUCGAGCCGGUUGGCAACGAUACGUGGAAGCUCUUGAAUGCUGCUAGCGGCACAUACGCCCUUGCGCCAAUCCACGCCCUUAACAAGGGACUUGUCGGCGGCACGCCUCCGGACCUGUUCACUUUCAUCGACUCCGAUGGGUCUUACCAGAUCAAACUUGCCGAUGAGCCUCUUGUGCUGUACCUCGCCAAUGGUCUUGACGAUACGCAGGUCACCCUUCAGGCUGCUGAUGGCGGUGACGACAACCAGUUCUGGUACCUGCACCCUGCUACCAAUUAA